UGGUCAACCUUCACUUUUCGUUCGUCAACCUUUCCUGUUGUUAAGAGUGGUGGUAUGCUGGUUUGGUAACCUCAGUUUAGUUUCGAUGGGUUUCGGCCUAUUUGUGGUGGCGCUCACAGCGUUUACUUGUUCGGGACUUGCGCAAUGGCAGGCACAUGAACCUCAGGAAAAGAAAUGGUGGCAGGAAACGGUUAUUUACGAAAUAUACCCACAGUCAUUUUACGAUUCAGAUGGCGAUGGUCUCGGAGAUUUGAAAGGCAUCGAGGAGAAAAUGGACUACAUAUCCGAGCUUGGAGUUGGUGCAGUUUGGUUGAAUCCGAUGUAUGCGUCGCCAGGGAAAGACAAUGGAUAUGAUGUCAGUGACUUCAGGGCCAUCAAUCCUAAGCUUGGAACCAUGGAGGACUUCGAAAGUUUGCUUAAAACCAUGAAACAAAACGGCAUCGAGAUGAUAUUGGACUUUGUUCCAAAUCAUACUAGUGAUCAACACGAAUGGUUCAAAAAAAGUGUACAAGGAAUCGAGCCGUACGAUGAUUAUUAUAUUUGGCGUAAUUCAAAAGGACGGAGAAAUGGAAGACAAAGGCCUCCAAACAGCUGGCAAUCCGUAUUUGAUCAUUCUCCUGAGAGCGCGUGGGAGUGGAAUGACGAGAGGUACCAGUUCUACUACCAUGCUUUUAGACGUGAGCAGCCCGACCUCAACUUCCGGAACCCAUUGGUCGUCCAAGAAAUGAAGGACAUUCUCACAUUUUGGAUGGACAAGGGUGUUAGAGGCUUCCGUGUGGACGCAGCCCCUUUUAUUUUUGAGGACGAUGAGUUGAGGGAUGAAACAGGACGACGCUACGCACGCAGAAACUUGCCGGAGACCUAUGAGCUUGUCAAAGAAUUGCGUGAACACACCGAUGCAUACGGCCUAAAGAAUGACGUUGAAAUCUUUUUCACAACCGAAGGAUAUGCAAGCCCUAAGAAAACUCUUAAGUAUUACGGUAAAGAGACUCGCCCUGGUGCCCACUUCCCUUUCAAUUUUCUUUUGCUGAAGAAACUUAAAUCUGAAACAAAUGCUAAGUCUCUCAAUGAAACAAUUGUUGACUACUUAUCCAGUUUGAAAAGUCAUCAAUAUCCCAACUGGGUGUCCGGAAACCACGACUGGCCGAGGAUUCCCUCCCGAAUGGGAGCGUCCUCAAGCGUUGAUCUUCUGAACAUGCUUAACCUCUUGCUCCCGGGCACGUCCACCGUCUACAUGGGUGAUGAAAUCGGCAUGGAUAGCUACUGGAACUUGGACAAGAAUCAGUGUCCUGACGACGUUGGCGAAGAUUAUCGAACCCCCGGUAGAACUCCAUUCCAUUGGGAUACUUCCAGAAACGCAGGAUUUACGACAGCUCAGAAACCGUGGAUUCCAGUCAACCCUGAAUAUUACUACACAAACGUUCAGUCCGAAAGACAAGCAAGAGGCCCGUCUCACUUACGGAAUUUCAAAACUAUGGUUAGGUUGAAAUCUACCCCCGCUUUUACCCAAGGAGAGAUGAACUCUUACGUGAUUAACAAGCGGGUCUAUGCUUUCACCAGAAAAAACCGAAGAAUUAUCUAUCUAAUCAUAAUGAAUUUAGGAAAGUCAUUCAGCGAACCGUUUGAUGUGAGUGAGCAUAUUGAAGGUAUCGGUAUAAAUAAUGCUAUCGGCGUGAAGGUGCUCAGCGUAAACUUAGGAGAACUCGGCGAUAAAUGGAGCCUUAUAUCAAAUUUGUUUUCGAACGAUUGGAACAUGCCGCCAAAAUCAGGAAUGGUCGUGACUUUCAGGGUAAGUUAUCGGAAUACCUGCAAGUGCUCGGCUGAUUGGACCUUUACCUUUCUGGAUGUCACAAAGAAAUUUAUGAAUUGGUUGAUAUUCCAUUCACUCUCUCGAAAGUAGUUAUUAGUCAUUGUAAAAAUGCAAUGAUGAAAUUGUUUCACUCUUCAUGGAAAUUCUCUUCCCCAAUCUCAUGUGUCUGGCGGUGCAACAUAAUCACUGAAUUAAGCUAAUUUAAAAGAACUUGAUCUAUGAGGAAAUUCACGGGUGCACACAUUUAGUGCAGUAAAUUUGGCAAGAUCUCUGUGGCAUUCAUGAAACUCAGUUAUCUAGCUUUUGAGCACCAUCAAAUACUCAAAGAACGUGUGAUUUAUAUAUUAAAGUUUCAAAAUAAUUGUUUAUGUGAGUAAAUUAUAAACAAGGAAAAAUGUAAAAUAAAAUCAUCAAGUUAAUCAUCAAGA